AUGAUUUCACAUCAAGAAGAUGAUUUGGACGAAACUUCCGUUCAACUCAUUCUCGAUCAAACUUUCAAGAGUUUUCUCCUCCGAUCAGUUUUCCAACAAUCAUCACACGAACUACAAACCAUGAAAUACACAAAGAUUUUGGCGUUUUCUCUCACUAGAAUAUAUGGACCCAAGUAUUUGAUGAAGAAAAUUCCACAAGAUUUGAUAACGGAUCGAAUUUUUAUAAAGGAAUGUUUGGGUCAAUUUGGGUUGUUUAUUAGAGAAAUGCCAGUUGAGUUUAAAGAUGAUUUUGAGUUUGGGUUGGCUGCUGUGAAGAGUGAGGGUGAUUCGUAUAGAUUUUUGAGUGAAAAAUUAAAGAAGAAUCGAAUAGUUGCAUUGAAAGCUUUGGAAAGUGGUGGAGGAGAAUUAGUUAAGGAAAUAUUCGAAAUGAAUGAAGAGUUUUGUAGGGAUGAGCAGAUGAUUUAUGAGGCAGUGAAGAUUAAACCUGUAAAUUUGACAUUUGCUCAUGAAGAUUUGAGACGAAACUUUGAUUUUGCUUUGAAAUGUGUAAAACUAAAUGGAAACUGCAUUAGAUUUGUGGAUGUUUCAUUGAAAACUAAUGAAGAAUUAGUCACUAGAGCUGUAUUGAAAGAACCUUCCAUUCUGGAAAUUACUCCUCUAGUGAAGGAAGUGAAUUUCGUAUUGAAUUGCAUCAAGAAGAAAGUUUAUCCGAAAUUUCUAAAAUAUCUGAAAGCUCACAAUAAUAAUGAACUCAUCGUCACUGAACUGGUCAAGAAAAAUGGGUUAGAAUUAGAAUAUGCUCAUGAUUCCAUCAAGAGUUUCAACGAAACAAUUGUAAUGAUCGCAGUCAACCAAGACGGACGAGCGUUAGAGUUUGUUAAACCUCCUCUUCUAGACAGCGAGCUCAUUAAUUUAACAGCUAUUAGAAACCACCCUCUUGCUUUAGAAUUUACUCUUGAGAAAUUCAAAUCAGAUUAUGAUAUUGUAAAAAGUGCAGUUGACCAAAAUCUAGAUGCUUUGAAAUUUGCUUCUCUUCAAGUUCAACAACAACUGACAACUAAUCUUCCACAACAAGUAGAUAAUGAACAAGAUAUUUGGAUUCCACGUGUUGGAAUUGAUUUUUGGAUGAGAAAACACCAAUCGAUUGGUUCGUCAAAGGAAGUUAUUUAUGGAAAAAUUAGAAACUUGACGAAAUUUCAUUCAUUGAGAUAUGAAGAGUUAGAAAAAGCAAGAUGUGAUGAAGAUAUCAUGUUGGAAGCAAUCAAGAACGAUGACGACUUUGCCAUUUCCUUAAUUGAAUCAGAUUAUUCGACUAACGAGGCAUUUAUAAGAAAGGCUAUUCGAAUCAAUAAGAAAUGCCUAAAAUAUGCUAAAAACUUUCUCUACAUGCGAGAUUUCAUAUUAGAUACUUGUUCCAUUUAUUCUAUCAAGGAUUUUGACAAUGUGAAAGAAUAA